UGGGCGGGGACACGCUGAUAAAUAGGGGCGGGCAGGGAGCUGGGCUUGGCUCGGUUCUGCUCUGUGGGGCCCGGUUCUGCUUGCUCGCGGCUCCGGCGCUGCUCGGUGUCCACGGCCCAGCUUCAGGAUGUGGCGGUCCUCGGCUCCUCUGUGCUUCCUGCUGGCGCUGACCGGCGCCUAUAACGCACCAUGGUUCCACCCGCUGUCAGACGAGCUGGUCAACUACAUCAACAAGCAGAACACGACGUGGCAGGCUGGACACAACUUCCACAACGUGCACUUGAGCUACGUGAAGAGGCUGUGCGGCACCUACCUGGGUGGGCCCAGGCUGCCACAGAGGAUUAAAUUUGCCGAGAUCGUGGACCUGCCCGAAAGCUUCGAUGCCCGGCAACAGUGGCCCAACUGCCCGACCAUCAAAGAGAUCAGAGACCAGGGCUCCUGUGGCUCAUGCUGGGCGUUCGGGGCCGUGGGGGCCAUGUCCGACCGGGUCUGCAUCCACACCAACGGGCACGUCAACGUGGAGGUGUCUGCGGAGGACCUGCUCAGCUGCUGCGGCCUCGAGUGUGGGGAUGGCUGUAACGGCGGCUAUCCCUCUGCAGCUUGGAAAUACUGGACAAAGAAAGGCCUGGUUUCCGGUGGCCUAUAUGACUCCCAUGUGGGCUGCAGACCCUACUCCAUCCCUCCCUGCGAGCAUCAUGUGAACGGCACCCGGCCCCAGUGCACGGGGGAGGGCGGCGACACCCCCAAGUGCAGCAAGACCUGCGAGCCUGGCUACUCCCCGUCCUACAAGGAAGACAAGCACUUCGGGUACGAUUCCUACAGUGUCUCCAGUAAUGAGAAGGAGAUCAUGGCGGAGAUCUACAAAAAUGGCCCAGUGGAGGGCGCCUUCACCGUGUUCUCAGACUUCCUGAUGUACAAAACAGGAGUGUACAAGCACUUGGCUGGAGAGAUGCUGGGAGGCCAUGCCAUCCGCAUUCUGGGCUGGGGAAAGGAGAAUGGCGUCCCCUACUGGCUGGUGGGCAACUCCUGGAACGUUGACUGGGGCGACAGUGGCUUCUUUAAAAUCGUCAGAGGAGAGGAUCAUUGUGGAAUCGAGUCUGAAAUCGUGGCUGGAAUCCCGCGCACUGACCAGUACUGGGGGAGGUUCUAAUCUGCCACGACCUGGCCGGCCUGGGGUUGGGAUUCACAUGAGACACAGAAGGUGUCAGACAGGGCCUGAAGGCCUGGCCGGCUGCUCACACCUUCCCACACAGCUGUCUUCGGAGGAGACCUCUCCACCCGGGCUCCCGGCCUGUCUGGGGACGAAGGCCAGCGCGUCCUCCCCUGUGGCCUCAGUGCCUGCUGCCUGCCCCUGCUCUGGCUGCGGCCCUUCCCACCCCACCCGAGCUUCUCCAGCAGCGACAGACACAGGUGCUUCGGCGCAGUUUUCUAGAGGACCAAGCAUGAGGUUCCUAACAGGAGGACGAAGCCCCUCGGCGUGACUGGUGCCGACGGGGGUGGCAGCAGCUCUGGAGACGCCCCCUUCCCCCAGGCUGCCGCCUCCGUGCUCCAUCGUGUCGCAAGCCCUCGCUGAUUGGUCUUGGCCGUGGCUGAUCCUUUAGUAGAAGUUACUUUCUGUGCGCCUCAGCUGAUCACGUGAAUGAACGAGUUUAAUAGCUGGAGAAGCGGCACUAGUUUCACGGGUCCUCUCCUAAUUACAGGGCCUAAACUGAGUCACGUGGGCAUGACUUGCCAGCUGACCUGCUGACCUCAACUACCACGGUGAAACUAGUUUGGGAGAAACCAGCUUUUACUGUUUUUUUUUAAAAAAAUCAGUGCUUCCCCCUGUCGAUUUAACAAGGAACAACUGCCAAUAAAAGGUCUCCUCUCA